UUUGGCCGCUCCCCUGGGUCUCUGUUCCUGUUUAACAGUCACUCGCUGCGUACUUCGGUCAGUCUCGUACUCAUCGGUUAUGGAGUCGAACUCCAAGACCCAAAUGCUCCAUCUCUUCUCUCUCGUGCUUCUCCUCUCUACCUUCUCUUCCGCCUCUGAGUUAAAUCAGUUUUGUGAUUCUGGGAUUGGGCUUGGUGAAUCCGCAUGUGGAAUUUCGUUGUCAACUUCUUCUUCGAAGAUAUUGAUAAAGGGGGGGACUGUUGUGAAUGCUCAUCGAGAAGAGGUUGCUGAUGUUUAUGUGGAGGAUGGGAUCAUAAUUGCUGUGAAGCCCAAUAUCAAGGUUGCUGAUCAUGUUACUGUGCUUGAUGCCACUGGAAAGUUUGUCAUGCCAGGUGGAAUUGAUCCUCAUGCACACUUAGCUAUGAAGGGAUUGGGUAUGGAGACAGUUGAUGACUUCUUCAGUGGUCAGGCUGCAGCAUUAGCUGGUGGAACAACAAUGCACAUUGAUUUUGUUAUACCAGUUAAUGGGAGUUUAACAGCAGGUUUUGAGACCUAUACAAAAAAAGCAAUGAAGUCUUGCAUGGAUUAUGGUUUCCAUGUGGCAGUUACAAAAUGGGAUGAUGAUGUUUCAAAAGAAAUGGAAAUCAUGGUUAAGGAAAAAGGUAUCAACUCCUUCAAGUUCUUCCUAGCCUACAAGGGAGUGCUUAUGGUUAAUGAUGAGCUUCUAGUGGAAGGGUUCAAGAAGUGCAAGUCCCUUGGUGCUUUAGCUAUGGUCCAUGCAGAAAAUGGAGAUGCUGUAUAUGAAGGACAGAAGAGAAUGAUAGAACUUGGUAUUACUGGUCCAGAGGGACAUGCUCUUUCAAGACCCCCAUCGCUCGAAGGAGAGGCAACUGCUCGAACAAUUCGUUUGGCAGGUUUUGUGAAUACUCCUCUCUAUGUAGUUCAUGUAAUGAGUAUUGAUGCUGUGGAAGAAAUAGCUAGGGCUCGAAAAACAGGGCAGAGGGUUAUUGGAGAGCCAAUUGCUGCUGGGUUAGCCCUUGAUGGUUCUGGGGUUUGGGACCCUGACUUCAUCACUGCAGCAAAAUUUCUCAUGAGCCCCCCUCUUAGGGCACCUGGACAUGACAAGGCCCUUCAAGCUGCCCUUUCAACAGGAGUUUUGCAGCUUGUAGGAACCGACCAUUGCUCCUGGAAUUCUACACAGAAAGCCCUAGGGAUGGAUGACUUUCGAAAAAUUCCCAAUGGUGUCAAUGGUAUUGAGGAGAGAAUGCAUUUGGUAUGGGAUAUAAUGGUGGAGUCUGGCCAAAUUUCUGUCACUGAUUAUGUUCGGGUAACAAGCACGGAAUGUGCUAGGAUCUUCAAUAUAUAUCCAAGAAAAGGAGCAAUUCUUCCUGGAUCUGAUGCAGAUAUUAUUAUACUCAACCCAAACUCAAGCUUUGAAAUAACUGCAAAGUCCCACCACUCCCGAUCGGAUACAAACGUUUAUGAGGGAAGGAGAGGAAAGGGAAAGGUUGAAGUGACAAUUGCUGGAGGAAGAAUUGUUUGGGAAAAUGAUGAACUGAAGGUCGUUCCUGGUUCUGGAAAGUAUGUAGAAAUGCCACCAUUCAGUUAUCUGUUUGAUGGAAUUGACAAGUUAGAUGCCAAGUAUUUGUCUUCCCUCCAAGCUCCAGUAAAGCGAUUUAAAUCCACUGCUUAAACUCAUGUUGUAUUAUCUCAACGAUAUUUUAGUUUUUCAUGGAGGAACAAGAAUACACGAUGCUAAGUAUACAUGGUCUUGAGUGAGUUUGUAUAAAAGAGAGAUGAAGGAGGUCAUGCUCCUGCCACCAUCUCACUGUUUAAUUUAAUGGAAUUAUUUUAUACUGUUUUCUAA